AUGCCUGCCGUCGAGACUAAGUUUGACCCCAAGGACAUGCAGUUCCGUCGCCUGGGACCCGCUGGGUUGAAGGUAUCGGUUCUGAGCCUUGGAGGUUGGUUGACGUACGGAGGAACCCAAAAAGGUUCCAUCGUGAAGGACUGCAUGCAAGAAGCAUGGAACCAUGGCAUCAACUUCUUUGACACUGCAGAGGUCUACGCAGCUGGCGAGUGCGAACUUGAAAUGGGAAAGGCUUUCAAGGAGCUGCAAUGGCCACGCGACGAGUAUGUCUUGUCCACAAAGGUCUUCUUUGGAACCCAGAGGAAGGAGCCGAACACUAGGGGUCUAUCCAAGAAGCACAUCGUCGAGGGCUUGAAGAGCUCGUUGAAGCGUCUUGAUCACUCUUACGUUGACGUUGUCUUUGCUCACCGCUACGAUCCUGACGUCGGGAUGAAGGAGAUUGUCGAAGCUUUCACCCAGACUAUUCAGAUGAACCUGGCAUACUACUGGGGAACUUCCGAGUGGUCUGCAGAGCAGAUCCAGGAGGCAUGUGACAUUGCCGAGAAGUACAACCUUAUCGCCCCUAUCGUCGAGCAGCCCCAGUACAACGCCUUCCACCGUGAGCGUUUCGAGAAGGAAUAUGCACCCUUGUACAAGAAGUACCAAUACGGAACGACCAUCUGGUCACCUUUGGCGUCAGGCAUGCUGACUGGUAAAUACAAUGACGGUAUUCCUGAGGACUCUCGCUUCGCCACGAACCCCGAAUUCUUCAAGAACUCAAUCGAGGCGCUGAAGAGUGAAGAGGGACAGGCUAAGAUCAAGAAGGUCAAGGAGCUAACCAAGAUUGCGGAAAAGCUAGGAGGUACCACUACUCAGCUUGCUCUUGCUUGGGCAGCCAAAAACCCGAAUGUGUCUACAGUCAUUCUUGGUGCGACGAAGCCCGAACAGGUCAAGGACAACUGUGGCGCUAUCAAGUUGCUCGACAAGUUGACACCGGAGCUCAUGGAGGAGAUUGAGAAGAUCCUCGACAACAAGCCGUAA